GACGUCAUGAACUGCGCAAAAGGUAUGCGCAGUCGCAUGAAAACAAACAAAAUGAAGUCGCAAGACACUAAAGCUUUAUGGGCGACUCAGACGGAAAAACCCAUUCAUUACACAUACUUAAAGGAAUUCCGAGUGGAGCAAUGCACUCUCUUCCUUCAACACAAAUGCACACAGCAUCGGCCCUAUACGUGUUUUCAUUGGCAUUUCUUAAACCAGCGUAGGAGGCGGCCCAUGCGGAAGCGAGAUGGGACCUUUAAUUAUUCUCCAGAUGCCUAUUGCAACAAAUUCGACGAGAACACGGGCAUUUGCCCCGAUGGUGAUGAUUGCCCGUAUUUACAUCGUACUGCAGGGGAUACAGAAAGACGUUAUCACCUAAGAUAUUAUAAAACUGGGAUGUGUGUUCAUGACACUGAUACUAGAGGAAUGUGUGUUAAAAAUGGUCCACACUGUGCUUUUGCCCACGGUGUUGAGGAUGUUCGACCACCAGUAUAUGAUAUUCCUCUCACUUUCAGACCACCAGUUUAUGAUAUACGUGAAAUUCAGGUAUUAGAAAUGAUGGAACAGGAGGGAUUGAAUGGAUCGGGACCAAAUAAUUUGGAUAAAGAAAGGAAUAUGGUUAAUGAUGAUCCCAAAUGGCAAGAUACAAGUUAUGUUUUAGCAAAUUAUAAGACAGAACAAUGCAAACGUCCUCCAAGAUUAUGUCGGCAAGGUUAUGCGUGUCCUCAGUAUCAUAAUUCUAGGGAUAGAAGAAGAUCUCCAAAGAAAUUUAAGUACAGAUCCACAGCAUGUCCUAAUGUAAAACAUGGGGAUGAGUGGGGGGAGCCCAGCAAUUGCGAUAAUGGAGAUUCCUGCCAGUAUUGUCACACCCGCACCGAACAACAAUUCCAUCCUGAAAUCUACAAGUCAACAAAAUGCAACGAUAUUCAGCAGAAUGGCUAUUGCCCUAGAGGGGCCUUCUGUGCCUUUGCCCAUCUAGACCAGGAAAUGACUCAAGUCAGAGAAACUGCUGCAAGUGAAAAUUGCACUGGGACUAGCUUAGCAGAUAUUUUGCAAUCAGCUCUUCCAGCAGACAACCAUCUUCCCUCUCACUCUUCCUCAUCAUGUACAAUAGCAUCUCAGUCUAAUUCUAUAGAAAUCUGUAAAUCUAAUCACGGUACAAGUCUUAGCAAUAACUCCGAUUCAGUAUUUGGUAAUGGUCAAUGCCAGCCAGCCCCAAUUUUAGCUCCGAUAGGAAGUAAACCAAGGCAUUAUAGCGGAAGUACUACAUUAAGUGGAUCAUCGGAAACACCAGGUCUAAGUAGCAGCUUAGGAGGUAGUGGAACUGGAGUAGGUUUGGCAGCUCUUAGUUCCUACCACAAUAAGGCUCCAGGUUCCGAGCGAGAGGAUAGGGAAUCAGCCUUCAAGAAACAGUUAGCAGCAAUUGACAAUGACCAAACUUUAGACCCUAUAGAAAAGGCUAAAAGGAAACAAAAUUUACUCCUAUCUAAUAUGAUUCCAAGUCAGCCUCCUGUUGUCAGUCUCCCAGUCUCAGUACCUGCAACUCCGUCUUCAUCAUUUGUGUCGUCUUUACCUUCUAGUUUGUCAUCAACAGUGUCGCCACUGGCACCACCCUUCUAUCCUACUAGUGAUACUGUUGAGUCUGUUGUCGGCAGCGCAUUAGAAGAUUUAAAUAUAGAUGAACCUUUAAACAUCGCAGCAAGUUUAGAUAGAGAUUUAGAAGAGAGUAAUUCUAUAUCAACUGGUUUAGCUAAUUCAGGUUUAUUAGGAUCUAGUGCACCUGUUAAUAUUCCGGGUUCAAGUUUUCAAGAUAGGUCAGGUGGUUUAGUAAAUAAUUCUUCAUCAACAUCGUCACCAGCUUUCCCCCAUUCUUUUUUGCAGUCUUCUUUACACCGAGAAAAUUCUUUGGAUCAGGGAGCUUCAGCUUUUCUAGGUGCCAAUGGUGUUGGAAAAUUAAGUGGGAGCGGAUGUUUUUCCUCUAGCGGUGCCAGUGGGUGUCUUUUCGACCUGGGUGCAAAUAUGUCGCCUCACACCCGUAAUCCACUAAGCAAUCCGUUAUCACAGUCACCUCUUGUAACAUCUUUUACCCCUAGUAGCAAUUCAACCUCUUCUGAGAUACAGAGAUUAAGAGAAGAACUAGCAUCAAGUAGAGCUAAGUAUGUAAGCAAAAUAGCAGCACAGCAGAAAGAAAUGGAAGAUUUACGAGCUGGACGGUUAGGACCUUAUGUACAGGCUCUCCAUCCUCAUACUGACUUAGAGAAAUUACCUUUACAUACCCUUAAAGCGAUACAAACUCAGUUGCGUCAAGAUUUAGAAACUAUAGAAAAGGCAAUAAAUAAUUAUGGUGUAAAGAGUGAACAGUGGCCUGGAGCAGUGACAACUUGGUAAAUGUGUAAGAACUAGGAACUAGAUUAUAUUUUUCCAGGACACCUAAGGCGUUUUGUGUGUCUUUAAUAAUUGCUGGUGCCCUAUUGCUUUCCACCAGCCUAAGUUGUUAGUAUUGUAGCAGCAACAGUUGUUGAUACGCUAUUUUUGCACAUUGACACAUUCAAAAAGAUUUUCCCUAUUUAUGUAUCUAUUUCUUGAUCUCCUUUCUUUCUAAAAGUGUGAAAUUGUGGUUGUUUUUGAGAAGUUAUUUAAAUUCCAUUUGGCCAAAGAAACUUCCCAUAAUUUCAGGAGAGGAAAUUGUUAUUUUUCUCCCUGUAGUACUUUGAAUUCAUCCCGGUGAUGUAAGAGUACACUUUGUUCAAUGUUAUCUGUUCUAAUACCAAAUACCCAAUGGAUUUUCGGAUAUCCUUACUUAUGGUCAUCUACAUCACUACUUCUAAGUUCCUUCUUGAUUAUAUUAGUCUUUCUUUGCAUUUCUGCCAUGACUUGAAGUUUUUUACCAUUUCUCCUUUUGUAUUUUUAGUGUUUUUAUUGUUUUUCCUUAUAACUGCUGUUUUACUAAUCAAGGAGCACUAACAAAUUCAUGACUCGUGUUUGUAUGUUAUGCUGGCAGUUUUCUUCCCUGGAAUUAGUGCCUGACUGUUCAUUAUUCGUUGUAUCAAAACUUAAGACACCAAGCUGCUAAAACUUCCUCUUGUUUUUCAAUUGUUAUAAAAUAAAGGAUAAUUAUCCAAGACAAGUGAGGUAAAUUCUCAACUUUUGCAACACUGACUGGUCACUCAGUUUUUGCGGGUAGUAACUAGGUAAUGCCAACUGUGGUAUGUAGCCUCAGUUUGAAAACUGCUCCAACUUUGGAAUAUUCACAAGAGAUUACUGUGAUUCCUCACAGAUUAUAUGCUGAGCCAGACAUAUUUUACCUGGUGUAGGUAUGUCCUAUAUUAUAUAAGUUCUGAGAAUGGUCUCUAAAAUGGUAUUAUGUAUGUGGCAUACUUGUAUAGUCAGUUAGUUAGGGAUUUUCUUGUUCAUUAACAGUUGACAAGGUAGUGAGGGGAUGACAUUUGUAUGACAAAUUCAAGGGAUAUUAUGCAGUGUCUGUUAAUUGAUUAGAAUAGAAACAUUAACACUAUGACCUUGGUUCCAUUGAAAUUCUUCAAAAAGUGUAUUGUUAGACAUUUUAUUUUCAAGUUCAUUUCAAAUUAUGGUAUCUGGUAGGUAAAAGCUUUUAAUAUUUUGUUUUAUGUUAUGGUUUUCAGUCUGUUUGGAAAUCAGAUUAAGACCCGUUUAAAUCUUGAUUUUUUAAAGGUAUCAUUAUCAUUUAGACCUAAAGAUUUAUCCCUUGGUGGGGUUUAGUGUGGUAAAGGUUGUUUGGCAAACUUUGUUCAUCAAGGCAGUAUUACAAAGUGAAUUUGAGGAGAUUCUUUUAUGUAGAAUUUUGUAGAGAAAACUUAGUGUUUCAUCGUUACAUUAAUGAUAUCUUUCACAUUGCAUAUGCCAUCACUGGUGAAUAAUCCAGGAGAGUGAUUCUCAAAAUUGAGAUGAGCAGAGAAUGGGUUCUUUCUAAACAUUAACAUUUCCAUGGUAUUUAAUAGAAGUCAGGUACAAAGUGAAAAAAGCUGCUACAAAUAACUACAUGUUCUUCAGGUAUUUUGGGACAAACUUCUUAAUACUUGAAUGUGUUCUUUUAAUAGAAUUUUUUAAAAAUUGUGUGUAAGGAAAGCCAUGUAUUGGUGUUGUAAGAGCUAUUGCCUCUUUACUUUACAUAUAUAUAUAUAUAUAUAUACCAGUUAACAGUACAUAUAUAUAUGAGCUAAGCUAGGAAGCUCAUGAAAUGUGUAACAGGUCAAGAGUAUGAAAGUUUAUAACAUAGCUUAUGGCCUUAUGGGGUCAUUUUGAUAAUACAUUAAUUAGCUUUUAAUGUAGUCUUUAUUUUGGAGGCCUUACACUAUUUGUUUGGCCGUAAGGCAAUGCUCACUACACACUUAAUUUAAAGAUAGAAGAGAAACAGGCUUUAAGCUUGAAAAAAGCAUAUUUUUUAUGGCAAGACAUUAGAUAAACACCAUUAGUGUGUGUCUUCCAAAAAUACAUUACCAGAUCUUGAGAUGGGAAGAAGAAUGCCUAACAAAGCAAGAAUUGCAUGUAUUUUAAUGUUGAAAAGUUUAGGUUAAGACCAUUUAAGAAGUUAUAAAAAAGGAUUAUAUCCAGAUUCUAUCAUAGUAACAAUUUUUUUUUAUAAUACUUUGAUUUUUAUUUGUUUAUAUGUAUUCAUUUGUCUCUGGGUCCAAAUGAAAUUUUUUGUAACAAUUUACCAUUCUAGUUUACUACACAAGUUUGAAUCUAUGUAUAAGGUCUUACUGAAACAUCCUCAAAUCAGUGUGGUGCUUCUUUUUUGGAUGGCCAUUUUUUAAUUUCAUUAUAAAAUUUAUGUUUAUAGCGAGAUGAAUAUUAGCAAGUGUAUACUUUUUACUAAUGGUUUGUUAAAAUAUAUAUUGAAUUGUUUAGUUCAUUUAUGUACUUGCAUUGGAUAAGGGGCCUUGAGUGAACAUUUGUUAUGUAAUGCUGAGCUAUGAGGGUCACUUCAUCAUGGACACUUGUUGAUAUUCCUUUAUUAAGAAAUGCCCCAUAAGAGUGCGUUGACCAGUAUUUAAUUUUUUCCUCAAGUGUUGACCUUUGUUCUUGUAGUCAAGUACAAGGAAGAUUUAUGUAUAUGUGAUGAAGAUUUUGAUUGUCAUGUGAAUGUCUGGGCUAAUGUUCUUAGCCCAGGAAGUACAAGGAAACAUCAGACGACAUUUGCUAGAGCUGUCAGAAGUCUCGUCCUAUGAGAAUUUGUUAAUGUAUUGCAGGGAGCCACAUAGUGAAGGUGAUGUCUGAUCAUUAGGUUACCAUAAAAGGAAUCUUAAUUCAGUAUCAUUUGAAGGACUCAGCAGUUUUUUCUUAAAAAGAAAGCAUGUUUUUGUGCUUGAAUGCUUUUUGGGGCUAAACAGUAAUUAAUAUUGUGUACUUCUUGACCAAAAUCUACUACAUGAGUGUUUGUGUUAAAAGAAUUAGGUAAAGGCUCAUCAUCACUGCCAGAUCAUUAUUGCUGGAAGGUGUAGUGUUUCUGCUGAGUACCUUUAAAUGAUGGCGAAUACAGUACAAAGAAUGCAACAAUGAAAGUCUCAGUAGGGUAGGAUGAUUGAUGCAUUUUUAUUAUAAUUAUAUAUUAUUAGUGUAGUGUUGUAUGUACUUCUUAAGUGUUCUGCUGUGUCAUCUGUGAUAUGGGCUACAGUAUUGCCAGAGAUCAUGAAGCAUCUUCUUGAGGCUAUGAGUUUGUCUUAGGUGACUUAUGUAGUAUAUUCUUUUCAUUACAUACAUUCAAAAGGAAAAUUAUUUUGUGAUUAUGCA